AGGAUGAAGAGCCAGGUACUGACAGGAUGAGGAGCGCAGGACGGGUGCUGUCACAGUGUUUCUUUCAGAGGCGUCAUUGGAUUAAGGAAAGAAGCAAGCCAAGAGUCAAAAGACAAUGUGAGUUUGCUGAGUGGGCUGGUAUAUGAAGGUGCCAUCAGUGUGUUUACGAGGCGGGUACAGUGAAUUGGAGAGACCCAUCCAGUUUCUCCAGUGCUCGGACUCCUUUUCCCUCCUCCGUAUCUCUCUCUCUCUCUCAUAUCCCAUGGUCACUCCUCCUCAGCAGCUAAAGUUUGCAGAGGUCCUGGGGGAUGGUGUCUUGUGCUCUGCAAACCGUCGUCGUAACAGCAGCUCUCCCCCUUCCAUUUGACCACUCCCCCUUUAUUACCAUACUCACUGCAUUGGCCGAGCCCUCGCUUCCUCCGGUGGGGCGUGACAGGCUCACCAGCUGGGAGGCGUGAUCCCUGGCUCUGGCAGGGCGGCCCAUGCCUGCGGUGCUCCGGCACUAACACGGAGUCACUUGCCGGGUGUGCAAGCGCUCCAUGGACUAGCCGGCUGGCAGGUGGAGAGUGAGAGCCAGGGAACCAGGACAUGGGGAACCAGGAGGGCCGGGUUGAGGAACCGGAACCAGGAGUUCCGUCUGCCAAGAAGUCGGGCAUUCCCGCUCCGCGCGAGAUUCCUCCUACGAUAUCCAGAGACAGGUCUCUACGGACUGCCGGCUCCAAGAAGAUGAUCCCAAGCUCCAGCAGCUCUAAUCUCUCAGGGCUUGGCAAGAGCACCCGGACGUCUGUGAAGGCGAAAGUGGACAGCGAGGCUGGAGACAGGGCUGGCGAAAAAGCCGUGUUGGAGUGCCAGGUCAAGGAGCUGCUGGCUGAGGCCAAGGCCAAGGAGUUUGAGAUCAGCAAGCUGCGCACUGAGCUCCAGCGGUGCAAGGGCCGUGGAACACCGGACGGCAACACCCCCGAGGGCAGUGAGCCGGAAUCGCAGUCUCUGGAGCUUCAGGUGAUGGCGCUGCGUGAGAAGAAUGGCAAGUUCCAGCGGGAGCUGGCCAUGCUGCGGGAGGAGAAUCAGGCCUUGAAGGAGAAGCUCCUGUCGCUGGGGGAGUCGGCUAGUGUCAACAGCCCAGCCAGCCCCACCAAGUACACGGUCAACGGGGUCUUGCAGGACGGCAGCCCGCCAAAGAUUUCCCCAUCCUCUAGCAGUGACAUCACUAAGGGCUCCUCGUCUCCAGACUCGUCUGAGUUUGAGAAAAUCCCCUCCAGGUCCGACUCCUCGUGCAGUGGGCCGGUGAAAGGCUGCGGUGAUGGUAGACGGGAGCUUUCGGUGGAAUGCCUGACAGAGAAGAUCCAGAGGAUGGAGGAGAGCCACCACAGCACAGCAGAGGAGCUACAGGCCACACUGCAGGAGCUCUCCGACCAGCAGCAGGUGAUGCAGGAGCUGACGGCUGAGAACGAGCGGCUGGCAGAGGAGAAGGUACUGCUGCAGACCUCACUGCAGCAGCAGAGGGAGAGGGUGGAGCUCCUUACACAGAAGAACGAGAGCCUCCUGGUGCGGCUGCAGGAGCAGGCCGAGACCGACGAGACACGGGCCAAGGCCUCCAGGAUGGCCGAGCUGGAGCAGAGGCAUGCAGAGCUGGUGAAGAAUUCGCAUUUUGAGCGGGAGAAGCUGGUAGACAUCCAGCAGCAACUCACAGGCAGCCUGAGGGCCUUGGAAAAGGAGCACCAGGAGGCGCAAGGGCUUGUGCGCUCCCUGAAGGAGGAGAGGGACACCCUCCAGACGCGUUUGGAGAAGAGUCAGGAGGCGAACAGUGAGAUGGUAAGAGAGCUAGUGGAGCAGAGAGUGAGCACUGAGGGCCUGAAGGUGGAGAAUGUGAAGCUGAAGGCCCAGGUGGAGGUGGAGAGGCAGAAGGUGGUGGAGCUCAAGGUCAUGCAGGACGCGGGCGACAGCAGCGAAGUGGAGAAGCUGCUCAAAGUGGCACAUUCAGAGAAGGAGCGGCUGGAGCUACAGCACUCCGAGCUGCAGCAGGAGCUCUUGCAGGCCACGGGCGACACGGAGCGCGUCCGGGGGAUGUUAGCUAAGGUUGAGGUGGAAUGCCAGCGCCUCCAGGAGCUGUGUGCCAAGCAGGAGCAGGAGCAUAGCACCUCCGUGCGCUGUCUGGAGGAGAGCAGCCAUGAGAAGGAGGUCCAGAUCAAGGAACUGAAGGAGACCAUCUUUGAGCUGGAGGACCAGGUGGAGCAGCACCGGACUGUAAGGCUGCACACCAACCAGACCAUCUUGGACCUGGAGGGUCAGGUCAAGAAGCUGGAGGAGCAGAAACUCGACUUGGAGAAGCAGCUGAAAGCUCUGAGCAGACAAAUGAAGGACGAGACGGAGGAGUGGCGGCGGUUCCAGGCAGACCUGCAGACAGCCGUCGUGGUGGCCAACGACAUCAAGGUGGAGGCACAGCAGGAGGUGCGCGGCCUUCGCAGGCGGCUGCAGGAAGAGCAGGAACGGAACAUAACCCUGGAGGCUGAGCUGGAGCAGUUGCAGGGUGGCAGGUUGAAAGGUGAUGAGGUGGAUUCCUCAGACACGGAUGGCAGCCCUCGUUGGUGUGGAAUCUCAGUCGGCCAGAUGGGAUCACCCUCUUCUGAACCCGGAGCCACCGUCAAGUCCCUUAUCAAAUCCUUCGACUCGGGCGUGCAGAAUGGGCCCAGCCACACGGUGGCGAUACACUCCUCUACCAGAAGCCCCCUGAGCGGGAUCCCCGUCCGCACAGCCCCUGCGGCCGCUGUCUCUCCAAUCCAGAGACACUCGUCUAUCAAACCCCUCUCAAAGGCCCUGGAGAAAAGAAUCAAUUUGGGAGAUUUUGCUCACCCAGACAAGCUGCCGGGUCUCGGCGAUGACCUGAAACCCAGCAGCCUCAUGAGGAAGAGCCCAUCCUUAGAGUCCGUCAUCAAGUCCCCGGGUUCACUGGGCGGCCGCACGGCCUCUUUGAGCUACCCAAAGGCCAACAGUAAACUGAGUGUGGAAAGAAAAGACCCCUUGGCUGCUCUGGCCAGGCAGUACGGAGGAUCUAAGAGGAACGCGCUUCUGAAGUGGUGCCAGAGGAAAACAGAGGGCUAUCCGAACAUCGACGUGACCAACUUCAGCAGCAGCUGGAGUGACGGACUGGCCUUCUGCGCGCUCCUGCACACCUACCUGCCAGCCCACAUCCCGUACCAGGAGCUCAUCAGCCAGGACAAGAGCAGGAAUCUGACCCUGGCUUUCCAAGCGGCCGAGAGCGUCGGCAUCAAGCCCUCCCUUGACAUCAGUGAGAUGUUACACACGGACCGGCCAGACUGGCAAAGUGUCAUGCAGUACGUCUCGCAGAUCUACAAGUACUUCGAGACUUGAUGGGAGGAUUCAGGGCACGAGCACGGCAAGCACUUUCACCCCCUCCCACUGUAACACCCAUCUCUGCCCCCCGCCUUCCGAGCCACCUUCCCAGCUCUCCGUCCAUCCAGACGCCAUCUGGGGUGGGUGGCAGCUGUUUGAGUUUAACCGUGACAUUGUCAGAGGUGGGAGUCUGCUAUCAAGGCACCCACAUCUCACCUGCUCUCAGCUUAUUUUGCUUAACUGUGUGCUUCCUCUAACUCCUAGCUCCGUUUAUGGCUACUAAACCAUUAUUUAUUUAUACCUCUCAUAAUAAAAUGGUAAGAACACGGAGUGGAUAUUUGUGGUUUGAGGAAUUGAGGCCCCUUUCUGACUACAGACAGUGUUGCUGAUAAUAAAAGUUUUUGUCCAACCUCAAA